CCUACGUCAAACAAACACGAGAUUUUGCAUUGGCACAAAGAACACCAAGCUUUAAUCUCCCGCGAGUAACUUGGCUCCUUCUCCCUCCUCUUCCUAGAACAACCCCCGUAUGCUCGAUCAUCGAUAACCCUUCGUUUACGUUUCUGCGACGAAACCCCUUUACGCCGUUAUAGCCGCAUGCGAAAUUGUCGAAGUAUUGCUCAAAAACGUCAACUUCCUAUCUGAGACCUGCAGUUCCUGAUCUACAUACCCGAAUCGACCAAAUUUCCACCACCAAACUCAUCGACAACGUUACACACUCCCUUCUCUGGACUAAGAUAAUAUUCGAUCCCAAAGAGAUUGACGACGAUAUCGUAAAGACCGCCCUGGCGGGCUUGCCCGCGUUCCGCAUCUUCCGACCCCCUGACCACAUCUCAUCGUCAAGAUGUUCGCGACACAACGACCUCUCACAGCAUUGUCAUGCCUUCUCUCCUCCCUGAGCGUUAUCCCAACGGUAUGCGCUCAAGAUAAGGCUUACAUCAACGGAACUGGCGACAAUGGAGUUUUCCACGAACGUCUCGAUGUUAGUCGGACACCAUCAUUAUAUACGGGCGACUUUGACGACUGUCUGAAUGAUGGAAGUCUGUUCAAUGUGACGGGUUUCGACACGGCUUAUUACUCUGAUAACCUCACUGUGUCAUUUCACGUCUAUGGAAGCACCAAUAUUCGUCAGGAAAGCGUCAUGAUGCAUCUUUCUAUUGAGGUAUACGGAGAAGAGCGUUUUAACAAAACAUACGACCCUUGCGCGGAAAACGUCACUAGCCUUUGCCCAUUGAAGGCUGGUCAACCCAUCGAGGCAUACAUUACGACUUCAAUAUCUGCCAAUGACAUUGCAGGAAUUCCGUCGAUUGCUCUUAACAUUCCCGACUUGGAAGGAUACUCGCGCAUCCGGAUCUUUGCCAACUCAACACAGACAGAAAUUGGUUGCUUCCAAGCUACUAUGAGUAACGGAAGGACCUUUUCACAGCCAGAGAUUGUGGGAUCAAUAUUGGGAGCAUUCACCGUGUUUGCGGUAUUGGCCUCAUAUGCGACAGCCAUCUAUGGCGUUCAGAUCCCGCAUAUAAGAAUGCACUACGCCCAUUCUUUUUCGAUUUUGAUCAUUUUCGAGACCUUUCAAUCAAUCUUCUUUUCCGGGGCACUAUCCGUCAACUGGCCGGCCCUGCUUCCUGCCUGGUGGAGUAACUUUGCGUGGACCGCUGGCAUGUUUGCAAGCCUCGACAUGAUUGAUGCCAUCAGCCCAUUUGCUGGUGUCUCUGGGAAUGCCAGCCAAGUUGGCUCUGCAGGGUCGGUUCCCAUCAACAACGGUGGUGGUCUUGCGCAGCAGAUCUUCGGCAGAAGCCUUCGAAGUCGAUCUGUUCCUCAGCUGGAGAGUGUUGUUCACUCGUUAACCCGCCGCCACGAUUUCAACUCUAGCAACCCAUAUGACUAUGACUGGGCUGGCGAGCCUCGAAAUCCUGGAAUGCCACUCCCAGGCGACUAUUCUGGUUUCCCUGGUGUACUGUCUGUGGUCGGCAUCCCUCGAAACGACGCGUUCAUCAUUGGGCUCAUCUGGUUCCUUGUUGUCCUAGCGGCCGUGGCUCUAUUUGUGGCAACGUCCAAGGUUGUGCUUGACUUGUGUCACAAAUUCAAGCUUAUCAAGUCCGAUGGCUUCGACUUCUUUCGUUCACAUUGGGUCGGAUACAUGGCCGCGGGCCUACUUCGAACGCUCUUUAUCGCUUUCUUUGUCAUGAUGACACUGGCGAUGUUCCAGUUCUCGAUUGACGCUCCGCCAGGCCCGACUGCUAUUGCUGCAGUCAUUUUCGUCAUGUUCUUGGGCUUUGCUGGUCUAACAGCGUAUGCUUGCUCAUCCAGGCUACGUGAAGGCAAGUAUGAGGUUGUGUCUGAUACGCUUCGCUUUGAGCAAGGGUUGAUCCUCAAGAAAAUUCCAUUUGUGGCAACAACACUCGAAAGCUCCAUCGGCGAGGAGGAGCAGGCUCACAAACCGCGCCUUUUUGCCAGUCUGCCUAUUCGCCGCAUCAAAUUUGUCGACAAGGACCCCGAAAGGCCAAAGGUUCACCAAGACGAGCCCUACAUCAAGCGUUACGGAUGGCUUUCGGCACGAUACCGACUCUCUCGCUGGUGGUUCUUUACGGUCUACUUGGCAUAUCAGUUUGUCCGAGCAUGCUUCAUUGGCGGAGGUAGAGCAAGCCCCUUGGCCCAGGUCUAUGGUCUCUUUGUCUUUGAAGUCGUCGCUCUGGUCAUUAUCAUCAAACUCAAGCCUUUUGAAGGAUCUCGCAACACGACAGCAGCGAUUUGGUUACUAUCGAUCUCAAAGAUCAUCACUACUGGCCUUUCCAUCGCAUUCUUGAGAACCCUCGACCUCAGCCGCGUUGCAGCAACAGCUAUUGGCAUGAUCAUCCUUGUGGUUCAGUGUUUCCUUGCCGCAGCCAUCUUGGUCCUGAUUGUCCUUGGAAUGAUAUCGACGUGGAUGUCUCUGUCCCGCAACCGCGAGGACUUCCCAGAUAAAAUCGAUGAUUUGCGAGUAAGGUAUUUCGAACACAUGGAUGAUAGAGCAGGUACAUCAAAGCCCAAGGAAGACGAAGUGGAUGAGCUUGCGGAGUUAUCCAAGUCCAUCUUCAGUGUCAGCAACGUUCGACGCAAUACCCAGAACAAUGUGUUCCCAAUGGUAGAGGGCUCAAACUCGCAGGUCCCGUCUCAUCCAGCACAUCCACUCAACCGACGCAGGGCAAACAGUGGCGGUUCGAGUCGUCACUCGGUUAACAGUCUGCCUCGAAGUGGCCGGACCCACCGUGCAUCGUGGAGUGCGAAAGACUUCGCAGAGUGGGAUGCCGACAUGAACAGAGGAGACACAUCUCGAAUGAGUCGCAUGCGAACUAGCUCCUUGCGUAUGCAAGCAUCGAGAUACUCUGGUAGUCGGCCACCAAUGACUCCGACUCGAGAAUCCGCCGAGUUUCCUCGGGUGAGUGUUAAUACUAUGAGCCCAGAGGACAAAGAUGCGAUCGUACAAGACAAGAUUGAGGAGAAUGCUGCUACGCCAAAGAGAAGAAAGAGGACUGUGAGCUGGGCAGAUCAAAGCUCAAUAUGUGAAGAGCCCAUUAACGAAGCUCAAAAGGUGGACGAUAAGCCACUCGAGAAGAUAGACUCGACGGGUGGCCGGGAAGAAGAGGCCAAGUCAAAACCCGAACCAUUGUCGCCAUGAAUUUUUUUUUUUUUGAGGGAAUCCUGGAUUGUUCCUCGCAAGAUGGAAUCGUCGUUUACUUACAUUUGGAUUUGAUUAUGACCAUGGCGCUUUGCAUUUACCCAUAUUCCCCUUGUACCCAGUCAGCAAACGCUUGGCUGCUGGGUUUCAACUUUUGCAUUUUGUACAUAUCAAGCAUGAUUCGGUCCUCCUGCCGGCACAGGAAGCGACUUGCGAAUUAUUUCCAUUGGGGUAUAUUGAGAUGCGACAUGAAAACACAAAGUCUAUAGAGGAACCAGUCAACAAUGGUGUCUGGAGUUUCAGGUUUUGGGACCUCAGAUUGAGAACAAUUAUAGAUAGUUAAUACAUCGCUCAUGAUUCAAGCA